AUUGUCACAAGGAAACGUACAGUGUAAUCUGACAUUCGGAGAGUAUUUUUUGUGUUUCUUCUUUCAUAAACCUGUCAUAUUUUAUCGUAAAAUCUCCCAAAGGCAACUGGUAUGAUUUAUGGAGCUAUUCAUUAUUUAUUUCAAUUAUGCGUCACUGUAUAAUGUCUUAAAAUGGCAGCAUGAUGUCUGCCUGAGUGGAGACUGCCGUAGUUUGUCCAUUGAGUGAGAAACUGGGCAACGUCACAAUAAUUGCAGUUCGUUGACCUGUUCAAACUCAAAAAGAAGCACAAAAUAGCUUGUCAAAUGUCGCCGUCGCCAUUCUUACCUCUGGUCAUCAACGGCCUCAUGUCAGCUCUCGGCUGUUUGGCCACAUUGAAGCUGAUUCCCACUUUCAAGGACCAUUUCAUCUCGGCCAGACUGUACGGGAUGGACCUCAACAAAUUAACAAAAAAUCAAGUGCCAGAAUCACAAGGUGUCAUCAGCGGGACAGUUUUCCUCAUCAUCCUCUUCUGCUUCAUCCCAGUGCCUUUCCUCAGUUGCUUUGUGGGAGAUCAGUGCAGUGGCUUCCCACAUGAUGAGUUUGUGCAGCUGAUCGGCGCGCUGCUCGCCAUCUGUUGCAUGAUCUUCCUGGGAUUCGCUGAUGACGUGCUCAACCUGCGAUGGAGGCACAAGCUCCUGCUUCCCACUAUGGCUUCCCUGCCACUUCUCAUGGUCUAUUUCACUAACUUUGGCAACACGGUCAUCCUGGUGCCCAAACCAUUCAGGGCACUGCUGGGGCUGCACCUGGAUCUAGGCAUUCUUUACUACGUCUACAUGGGCAUGCUGGCAGUCUUCUGCACAAAUGCCAUCAACAUCCUGGCUGGUAUUAACGGCAUCGAGUCUGGUCAAGCUCUGUUCAUCUCUGGCUCCAUCAUCAUCUUCAACCUGCUGGAGCUCAGUGGGGAUUACCACGACGACCACGUUUUCUCUCUCUACUUCAUGAUGCCGUUCUUCUUCACUACAUUAGCUCUUUUUUACCACAACUGGUACCCCUCGUCCGUGUUUGUGGGAGACACUUUCUGCUACUUUGCCGGGAUGACUUUUGCUGUUGUGGGCAUCCUGGGACACUUCAGCAAAACAAUGCUGUUGUUCUUCAUUCCUCAAGUGGUCAACUUUCUCUAUUCCCUGCCACAGCUUUUCCGUAUCAUCCCCUGCCCCAGGCACAGACUUCCCAGGUUGAAUCCAGACACAGGCAAACUGGGGAUGAGUUACUCUAAAUUCAAAAGCAAGGACCUUUCCAAACUAGGACAUCUCAUUCUGCAGGUUGCAGAGUUAUUGAAGCUCCUCGAAGUGCGCAGAGGCCAAGAAGAUGAUGAUGAAUUUAUUGAGUGCAACAACAUGACCAUAAUAAAUUUUGUGUUGAAAUUCCUUGGUCCCACCCACGAGAGGAAUCUCACCUCCAUCAUGCUCCUGAUACAGGUGAUGGGAAGUGCGUUGGCGUUUGGGAUCCGUUACCAUCUGGUGCGCCUCUUCUAUGACGUCUAGAGGAUGACAGAGCAACUCAUAUUUCUGGAACAAUUUUACAGGCUCAUUGUUUGUGCCUUUUCAAAUAUUCUAUUACCUCAUUUGCGUUUGAUCCUCAGCCUCAAUGUGUGGCAAAGACCCAGUGUCAGGCUGAUUACAAUUGGCUAGAAUAUGUUCGCAUCAUACGAAUACAUUACAUAGAAAUAUAAGUUAUUCAGUGCGUAACCCGAAUUUCAAUGAAUUACCGUUUGAAAUGCGAGACCAUGUUUGAGUCAUUUUGAUCAUUCUUUCCACCCAAAAGAGUAUAUUUUUGUACUGGGUUUAUCAGGAAUGUAGUGAGAGUGAUUUAAUCUCUGAAGCAACCAACAUCAUGCAUCAUGAAGUUUGAAUGAAAUUCAGUCUAAACGUACUGUAUUUAUAGUGCAGUAGUACAUAUUCACUUUAAUCACCUUGUGGGGAUGUAAAUAAAAGGGAUUUAAAUUCGAUCAUCCUUUUUUGGGAAAGUCAAAUGCCACGGCAGCAAACGGAGGAGCAAACUUAACACAUCAUUAUCGAGCAUGGAAAUAUACAACCACGGGUGCAUUAUAAAAGUACCCUAAUACACUUGGGGAAACCCAACACUAUUAAGUUACUGAGAAGGGUAAAGAUAUUCUCUUUUUUUUGUCACCCAGGGCUCAAUGUUUUGUCAAAAAGCACUGGACUACUGUGAUCUACAUCUAGAAUGUACUGGUAACUUCAAAUGUGAUGCUGGCAAUUGUAAAUAUGGUUGUCACAAGCUGUAAAAUAAAGGCCGAUAUACACAAUACG